UGUGUGUGUGUGUGUGUGUGUGUGCGUGAGGAGGAGAAGAAAGGGGAGGUGGAAAAAGAGGAGGCGCAUGAGACGGCGGAGGAGGAAUCUGCACAAAGUCUGAACAAGUUGUCAAAGGCAGGCGGAGGACAGACGGGAGCUAAUAUAAACGUGCGAGGCUAUCAGGGGCCACAAAAACAGCGCUCCCUCUGACACUGACCUCCGGCGCAUCAAAGAGCUCCUCCAUGGCCACGCUGGAGGGCUGCCGCUGCCGGGGAGCCAGCAGCCGGACCAACAAGAGCAUCCUCUACAGCAUCCUGAAGAGCGACAGCCUGGGCGCCACCGAGGAGCAACGGCAGCACUCCCUGCACCACUUCUUCCACAGGACCUCCUCCUCCUCCUCCUCCUCGUCGUCCUGCGCUCCCGCCGCCUCGCUGCAGGAGCUCCGGCAGCAGGCUUGCUCCUGCGGCUCGACGCGCCGCAGAGGGAGGCUGCGCUUCCCGCAGGUCACCUGCAAAGCCGCGUCGGCCGUCCUGGUUAAGACUCUGCGCUUCGUCAAAAACGUGCCGUGUUUUCGCGAGCUGCCCGAGGAGGACCAGCUGACCCUGAUCCGGAGCAGCUGGGCGCCCCUGCUCGUGCUCGGGCUCGCGCAGGACCGGGUGGACUUUGAGACUACGGAGACGGUGGAGCCCAGCAUGCUGCAGCGCAUCCUUACGGGUUUACCGGACAGGCAGAGCGACCCGGCGGCGGCAGCGGCGGGCACGAGCAGACCCGCGGCCGGCGUGUCCGUGGUGGAUAUAGACGCCAUCAAAGCUUUCCUGAAGAAGUGCUGGACUGUAGACAUCAGCACCAAGGAGUACGCCUACCUCAAAGGAGCCGUGCUCUUCAACCCAGAUCUGGAAGGGCUGCGCUGCCUCCAGUACAUCCAGUCCCUGCGUCAAGAAGCCCACCAGGCGCUGAACGAGCAUGUCCGUCUGAUCCACCGCGAGGACACCACGCGUUUCGCCAAGCUGCUCAUCGCUCUGUCCAUGCUGAGGGCCAUCAGCCCCCCCGUGGUCGCUCAGCUCUUCUUCAGACCCGUCAUUGGGUCCCUCAACAUGGAGGAGGUGCUGCUGGAGAUGUUCUACGGGAAGCAGGUCGCAGACGGGCCGCAGUGAGCCCAGGAGAGGUCUGCAGGGUGGGCUGUGAGGUGGACGGAAUUUCAAGGUGCUGUACAGAGGAGGACUUGGAGCACUGUGAAAUAUCCAGCAGGCAAGAACGGGAGGAGGACUUAAAAGAGGAAAAAUAACACAAGGAGCUGCUAGAAUUCCUAACUUAUUUGCUUUUAUAAAAACUAUUUUUCUAUAAUAAAACUGAUACUCUCUGAAGUGCA